AUGGAGCAUUCAACCAAAGACCUUUCAAUAAUUAAUGAAGUUGAGAGUGGCUUAGAGGAUCAUUCAAAGAUGGCUAAUCUCAGAGAAGUUAGUAUGAGAGUAAAUUUUACUGAUAUAUCAGCUACUCAAAGCUAUGUUAACAACGAAAUGAUGAACAAGCAAACAAAAUUCUUGAGAAGUUAGAAAAAGUUGAUGUCUAGAAGACUGCUGAAGCAUACACAUGGCUAUCUUAGAAAGAAAUACUGUCUAAUAUUGGUAUAUUUAAACGAAUAUCAUUUCAAUAUAAAGGAUAAAACUGAGAUGGUGUUUACUAUCACUUUAGCCCUCUAUUUAUGUCAAAGGUUGAUUCUUAUUAGAGGGCUGUAUGAUGAGAUCUGCAAAAGAAAUCAUGACUAAAAUACAAAGUUUUAAUAAUUUGUAAGUAAACUGAUGAAAGAUGAGAAGGAUAUUUCGAUUGCAGCUAGAUUUUUAAAGUAACUACCUCUGUAGAUUCUUGAUACUUAUCAAAGAGAAUUAAAAUAACAAUAAACUUAUGAGGUGGACUUAUUUAAUUACACCGAAUCAAUUUUGUCAACAUAAAUUUCACAAAGCAUUAAAUAUGAGGAUCCAAACUUUUUUAGGAAGAGUGCAAGUGUUCUUAAUAUCAAUAACUAUGACGAUGAUUAGAUUUAGAGAGGCAUUUGUCUUACUCAUGACAUCAUUGGAAAGCAUCUAAGAGCUUUCUACAGAAAAACUAAUUCAGAUAUACCCGAAGUUUUAGUAUAUAUCAGCUAAUAUUUCCUAGAUAAAAAGCAAAAACUCAUGAAUUCUAAGAUACUUUAAAAGUUAGAUGAUUAAGAGAAUGCAGAACUUGAUUUUCUAGAGACCCAGGUAACCCUUGGGAAUUAUUAGUACAUCCUGACUGUCAGUGACUCUAAGAUAGUAAUGGGAUAUCUUAAAUGCAUACUUAAAUGUAUGGAAGAACCUUUGUGCUGCUAUCAGAAUUUUCAGAUUUUUAAAAAGAUCUGCGAGAAUCAUAAUUGUACCAAUAGAGCUGAUGAUAUUGUAAAUCAGUUAAAAGAUCUGCUCCAUAAACAAGAUAAACUCUAUUAGGAAACUUGGAAAGCUAUUCUAAAAAUUUUAUAUGAGUUAUCAAAGACAUGUCUAUAUACUAAGAAAUAGAUCUCCCAAAUGUUUUCAGAUUUGUUAUUUAAACCUCCUGAAUUCUGGUCUUAAGAUAUGAUUACUUGGAGAUUGUUUUAGGAACUCCUCUCCUUCAUGAUUUAAAAGUGUGAAAGCAUUUUUAAUUAUGAGGAUAAUGUCUACAACACAAUAGUUGUUGAAGAUGUAUCAAUUAAAACGGAUAAAAUAGUCGAGAAUUACAGCUUAUGGGAUCCAGAUACACAGGAUAAAUAUCAAAAAAGUUCUAUCAAAUUAACUAACCUUUAUCAAUCUAAUUAAUGA